AAAUAAAAAUUGAAAAUUGGAAAAAAAAUGAGAAGUAUGAGGAGCUCAAGCGGAUCAAUAUCAAUACACAGCCCAACGGCAUCAACAAACAGUUUGGCUGGCAGUAAAGUCAGUCUCAAUAGCAGUCGAACAAAAUCAAUGCACAAUGAAGACGAACAGGAAAUUGAAACCUUUUUAGAAAAGGCAAAAUUUUACACAUCUUUGUGCCUAGGAACGACAGCAAUAUUAUCGGUUUUUGCAUUUUUGUUUUUAAUCCCUUUUGUUGUGGACCCAGCAAUAUCAACAAUUAUUGCAGAUUAUGACCCAGUACCUGUAACGUGCAUUGUUAUCGAUCACAUUUAUGCAGAAGGCAUCAAAAAUUGCACAUGGAGCUCAUGUAGGGAAGGAUGCACCUCAUCAAUGAUUAAGUGCCAUCAAUUAUACGUGAAUUACACACGAAUUCCAUUUGAUGAAUGGCAAAAGAAUCCCAGAGACUUGGAUACAGUUGUUUGGGAUGUAAGCUAUACAAAGUUUUUAAUAAAUUCCGAAGGCUGUGGUUACCCCCCAAUGACAAAUUGUAGUAUUUUUGCCAAGCAAUAUGGUCCUGUGGGAAGACCGUUUGCUUGUUACUACAGCAGAGCCUAUCCAGAAGUCGUUAUAGGUCGAUAUUCAUGGGAAGAUAAUCUCAAACAUUUGGUUUUAUCUCUAAUAAUACCAAAUGUAUUAUUUGCAAUAUCAAUUGGUGUCUUGAGUUAUUGGUAUUGUCCGUGUUGUGACAAGGCGUGUAAUAAAUCAUCUAGAGUGUAUGCUGAAAAGUUUCCAACUAAAGAAGAAAAACUUCUGUGUCGCAGCGAUGACGAAGAUGAUCUGGAGUACUAAAAAAAAAUCUAAUUUAGAAAAAAAUUAAUACAAAAAAAUAAAUUAUACAAAACAAAAAAAAUAUUCUCCAUGUGUACCGAUUGUAGAUAGAUUAUACAAACAUAACAAAAAAAAUGAUAACAAAAAUGCGUUUGCCAAAAAAUAAACUGAAGGACAAUUUUAAAUACUCAC